CGGUGGCGCGCGUGCGAGCCAGCGACGCGGGUUGUAAAGUCCCCGGUCCCCGCGGCCCCACAGCCCGGAGGGAGGAGGCCUAAUAGCCUUACAGUCAAUCCCGGACCUGGUGUCACCACUAAAACUUAAGAGCCAUGGAUGACAACCUAGAUUUCACCACUGGAGAUGCUGGGGCGUCUGCCACCUAUCCGAUGCAAUGUUCCGCUUUGCGCAAGAAUGGAUUUGUGAUUCUGAAAGGGCGUCCCUGCAAAAUUGUUGAAAUGUCUACGUCCAAGACUGGCAAGCACGGGCAUGCCAAGGUGCACAUGGUUGGUAUUGAUAUAUUCACUGCAAAGAAAUAUGAAGAUAUCUGUCCCUCUACCCACAAUGUUAGUGUCCCCAGAGUCACAAGGAAUGAUUAUCAGUUGAUUGGAAUUAUAGAUGGCUACCUCUCUCUGAUGACAGAUAAUGGUGAGAUACGGGAGGAUCUGAAACUAGCAGAAGGUGAUCUGGGAAAAGAAAUAAUGCAGAAAUAUGAUGUUGGUGAAGACAUAAUGAUUACAGUUCUGAGUGCAAUGAAUGAAGAGGCUGCUGUUGGCAUCAAGCAUAUGACCAAACAGUAAACAGGGAUCAAGAGACCAGACCUGACCACUCAGGCCAAAACCUUGGAUCUUAAUUAGGUUAACUAUCGCCAAAGUAAUGGCCUUCACACACGACCUCAUUUCCUUCGAAUUUGUUUUCCAAAUGGCACCAGACUGGACUUGACCUUGCUGUCCAAUCAGCUGGUCAAGUUGUUGCUGCGGGCUGAUUGGCUUUGUACUAAAUCAUGGGUGUUGGUGCUCCCAAAUAAAAGUAUGGUGAUGUAACAUUUGCUGCCGUUGAUCCUAUUUUUGUUUGUAGAAAUGGCAUUUAGUGUGAAAUUCAAAAGCUGCCUGCCCAGUGAGUGGUUUGAUGUCCAACCUCAUUGCCUAAUGAGUGUUGCCUACAGAAUACACUUAGCAGCCAUGAGCAACUAUUACCUCUGUUACACUCCUGCUAAGUUUUUUUAAAAAAAAUCUGUUGCACCUGGUGUUGGGAAAUUCUACUAAUACAAUUUUGGUGCUUGUCCUGGGCAGAUGGGGCAAUUUUUCCAAAUACUUCAUUAUAAAAGAAGUCUAUAUAAAUCUGGAGACUGUGUAUUAUGCUGCAAAAUUUCACUUGAGGUCUCAAGACUGACUAAAAAUUGUUAUAUUCAAUUGCUUAUUACUUUCAUUGUAUUUAUCAUGCAAUAGGAUUAAAAUAUGUGAAUCAUUUCCUGGAA